CACAGGAGACACCGUCGGGGAGCUCGUUCCCAUGAUUUGGAGAUGGUGGUACAGUUAUUGGCAAUCACACUGGUGUCAUGCGUAUGCUGGAGCCCUCUGCUGGUCUCUGUGGUGAUGUUACAAACUGGUACCCCCCUCUCCCUCAUCCCAAUUGGCUGCUGUUAACUGUACGCCUAGCCUCCUGCAACCAGAUCCUAGACCCCUGGGUGUACAUCCUCCUUCGCCGCUCUGUGCUUCAUCGUCUUUGCAGUAUCUUUGUGAGAGUGGCUCGAGUACGAGGAGGGAAACCAAUCCGCUGGGAUCCUGGAGACUUCCAGAGCUCUGACCGCAGUGCAGUCAGCCAUCUAUAG